GGCUAUCGAUAGUCUUGGUUAUUGGACGAAUCAGUUUUAAUUGGCAUUUCAUCAUUUACUACUAGUUGUUUACGUUUUAAAAUAAUAUAGAAGUACGCCAAAAUGAAAAUGAAACUUAUUGAUUCCGUUGUGAAAAGUUUCAAGGUGGCAAAAGUUUUCCGUGAAAAUACCGACAAAAUUAACGCAAUAGAUUUUUCGCCGAAUGGAGAGCAUUUGAUUUCAUGCAGCGAGGAUGAUCAAAUUGUAAUAUACGAUUGUGAGAAAGGAAUACAAUCUCGAACAGUUAACUCCAAAAAAUAUGGCGUGGAUCUUAUAAGGUUUACACACGCUAACAAUACUGCAAUACAUAGUUCAACGAAGGUCGAUGACAACAUUCGUUAUCUUAGCCUCCAUGACAAUAAGUAUUUGCGUUACUUCCCUGGACAUACUAAGAAAGUAAUUUCACUCUGUAUUUCGCCGGUGGAAGAUACCUUUCUUUCCGGAUCAUUGGAUAAAACAUUGAGAUUAUGGGAUUUGCGCUCACCUAACUGUCAAGGUUUGAUGAAUUUACCUGGUCGCCCCGUUGCAGCAUACGAUCCAGAGGGAUUAAUAUUUGCUGCUGGUGUAAAUUCUGAAAGCAUCAAAUUGUAUGACUUGCGUUCUUUCGAUAAAGGCCCUUUCGUAACUUUUAAGUUAUAUCAAGAGAAAGAGUGUGACUGGACUGGUUUGAAAUUCUCAAGAGAUGGCAAGAUAAUUCUUAUCAGUACAAAUGGAUCCAUUAUACGUUUAGUAGAUGCCUUUCAUGGCACGCCAUUGCAAACCUUUACUGGUUAUCCCAACAACAAGGGUAUUCCCAUAGAAGCGAGUUUCAGCCCGGAUUCUCAAUUUAUUUUCUCCGGAAGUACAGAUGGACGAGUUCAUAUAUGGAAUGCUGAUACGGGCUGCAAAGUGUGUGUUUUAAACGGGGACCACCCUGGACCAGUACAGUGUGUACAAUUUAACCCCAAAUACAUGAUGCUUGCAUCGGCAUGUACGAAUAUGGCUUUUUGGCUACCAACUGCCGAAGAUGACCAAUAAAAUAUAACCAAAAUAAAUAAAUGGUCUUAUAUACUACUAUUACUUGAAUUUAAGCUCUUAGUUUUAUUUACUACGUAUGACUGAAUGAAUAACAAUAAACGUUGAUUUAUAACAAGUUA